GUGACCGAAGAAAAUGCUGAGGUGUCGAGCAGCCAGUCUUGCCGGAGAACGGGUGCGGGGACUUGGGGUUUCUCGGAGCGACGCUUGUGUCACCAUUGCUAGGAAGAUGGUCCAGGAGUGCUCGGCUGUGUGAGUCCCCGCUCGAAGCCGGUGGAGACUGCGGUUGUUAUUGAUCAAGUGAAAUAGCAGACGCCGAAAUAAAAGCCACUAGAAAUGAUGUGUGAGGUGAUGCCAACGAUAAACGAGGACACCCCGAUGAGCCAACGGGGGUCCCAAAGCAGCGGCUCAGACUCAGAUUCUCACUUUGAGCAGCUGAUGGUGAACAUGCUGGAUGAAAGGGACCGUCUCCUUGAUACUCUUCGGGAGACACAGGAAAGCUUGUCACUUGCACAGCAACGCCUACAGGAUGUCAUCUAUGACAGAGACUCCCUCCAGCGACAGCUUAACUCAGCACUGCCUCAGAUGACGGUUGCUGCUGGUACGAGCAUUGAGAAUAACAUUCAAAGGACCAUAUCCUGCCCUAAUGAAUUUGCUGCACUGACAAAAGAACUGAAUGCAUGCAGGGAACAGCUGCUUGAAAAAGAGGAGGAGAUUUCAGAACUGAAAGCUGAGAGAAACAACACAAGACUGUUACUGGAACAUUUGGAGUGCCUUGUCUCAAGACACGAAAGAUCACUGAGGAUGACAGUGGUGAAAAGGCAAGCACAGUCUCCUUCAGGAGUUUCCAGUGAAGUUGAGGUCCUCAAAGCUCUGAAAUCUCUCUUUGAGCACCACAAGGCUUUGGAUGAAAAGGUAAGGGAACGACUGAGGGUUUCUUUAGAAAGAGUCUCUGCACUGGAAGAAGAACUAGCUGCUGCUAACCAGGAGAUCGUAGCUUUGCGUGAACAAAAUGCACACAUUCAAAGGAAAAUGGCAGCUGGUGAGGGGCCUGCCGAAUCAGAGCAUAUAGAAGGAAUGGAGCCAGGGCAAAAGGUACAUGAAAAGCGGCUAUCAAAUGGCUCCAUUGACUCAAAUGAUGAGGCCAGUCAAGUUGUUGAACUUCAAGAAUUACUGGAAAAGCAAAACUAUGAAAUGGCACAAAUGAAGGAGCGUUUGGCUGCACUGUCUUCUCGGGUGGGAGAGGUAGAGCAGGAAGCAGAGACUGCCAGAAAGGAGCUCAUUAAAACAGAGGAAAUGAACAGUAAAUAUCAGAGAGACAUUAGAGAGGCAAUGGCACAAAAGGAAGAUAUGGAAGAAAGAAUAACUACCCUGGAGAAGCGCUACCUCAGUGCACAGAGAGAAUCCACCUCCAUCCAUGACAUGAACGAUAAGCUGGAAAAUGAACUGGCAAAUAAGGAGGCCAUCCUACGUCAGCUGGAAGACAAAAACAGACAGCUGCAAGAGCGUCUGGAGCUGGCUGAGCAGAAGCUGCAGCAAACCAUGAGGAAGGCUGAAACCUUACCCGAAGUGGAGGCUGAACUGGCUCAAAGAAUCGCAGCUCUGACUAAGGCAGAAGAAAGACAUGGAAACAUUGAGGAAAGAAUGAGACACUUAGAAGCUCAACUUGAAGAGAAGAAUCAGGAACUUCAAAGAGCAAGGCAAAGAGAAAAAAUGAAUGAGGAGCACAACAAAAGGUUAUCAGAUACCGUAGACAGACUCUUGACAGAAUCCAAUGAGCGUCUGCAGCUACACUUAAAAGAGAGAAUGGCAGCACUUGAAGAAAAGAAUGUUUUGAUUCAAGAAUCUGAAAGUUUCAGGAAAAAUCUUGAAGAAUCUUUACAUGAUAAGGAAAGACUUGCUGAAGAAAUUGAGAAACUGAGGUCCGAACUGGAUCAAAUGAAAUUGAGGGCUGGUUCUUUAAUUGAACCAACCCUGUCAAGACCUCACCUCGACACAUCAGCAGAGCUGAGGUACUCUGUGGGCUCACUGGUUGAUAGCCAGUCUGAUUAUCGGUCAACUAAAGUGAUAAGGAGACCUAGAAGAGGCCGGAUGGGUGUACGCAGAGAUGAGCCAAAGGUAAAAUCACUUGGGGAUCACGAGUGGAAUAGGACCCAGCAGAUUGGCAUUUUGAGCAGCCAUCCGUUUGAAAGCGACACUGAAAUGUCCGACAUUGAUGAUGAUGAUAGAGAAACACUUUUCAGUUCCAUGGACCUCCUGUCACCAAGUGGCCAUUCUGAUGCCCAGACUCUGGCCAUGAUGCUUCAGGAGCAGCUAGAUGCAAUCAAUAAAGAAAUCAGGUUAAUCCAAGAAGAGAAAGAGUCAACAGAACUGCGUGCUGAAGAAAUAGAGAACAGAGUAGCCAGUGUGAGUCUGGAAGGCUUAAAUUUGGCCAGAGUCCACCAAGGUACAUCCAUCACUGGCUCAGUGACAGCGUCAUCACUUGCAAGCUCAUCUCCUCCCAGUGGACACUCAACUCCUAAACUCACCCCACGCAGCCCAGCCAGGGAGAUGGACAGAAUGGGGGUUAUGACGCUGCCAAGCGACCUCAGGAAACAUCGGAGAAAGAUUGCAGUGGUAGAAGAAGAUGGGCAUGAAGAUAAAGCCACAAUCAAAUGUGAAACUUCUCCUCCUCCAACACCCAGAGCUAUCAGAAUGACUCAUACCCUUCCAUCUUCAUACCACAAUGAUGCCAGAAGUAGUUUACCUGCUUCAUUGGAGCCAGAAAGCAUUGGUCUUGGCAGUGUCAAUAGCAGCCAGGACUCCCUGCACAAGGCUCCCAAGAAGAAAGGCAUCAAGUCUUCAAUCGGACGUUUGUUCGGUAAAAAAGAGAAGGCUCGACUUGGACAGCUCAGAGGUUACAUGGAAACAGAGGCAGCAGCUCAGGAAUCUCUGGGAUUAGGCAAGCUUGGAACCCAGGCAGAAAAGGACCGAAGACUAAAGAAAAAACAUGAACUUCUGGAAGAAGCUCGGAGAAAGGGUUUGCCUUUUGCACAGUGGGAUGGUCCAACAGUGGUUGCCUGGCUGGAGCUCUGGCUGGGCAUGCCAGCCUGGUAUGUUGCUGCCUGCCGUGCCAAUGUGAAGAGUGGGGCUAUUAUGUCUGCUUUGUCUGAUACUGAGAUCCAAAGGGAAAUUGGAAUUAGCAAUCCUCUUCACCGCUUAAAGCUCCGAUUAGCCAUCCAGGAGAUGGUUUCACUGACGAGUCCAUCAGCACCUCCAACAUCCAGAACACCCUCAGGCAAUGUUUGGGUCACCCAUGAAGAGAUGGAAAAUCUUGCUGCUCCAGCUAAAACGGAGUCUGAAGAAGGCAGCUGGGCUCAGACCCUGGCUUAUGGUGAUAUGAACCACGAAUGGAUAGGUAACGAAUGGCUCCCCAGUCUGGGCUUACCUCAGUACCGAAGUUAUUUUAUGGAAUGCCUGGUGGAUGCCAGGAUGUUGGAUCACCUGACGAAGAAAGAUCUGCGUGUGCACUUAAAAAUGGUGGAUAGCUUUCAUCGAACAAGCUUGCAAUAUGGAAUCAUGUGUUUAAAGAGGUUGAAUUAUGAUAGAAAAGAACUGGAAAAGAGAAGAGAAAUGAGUCAGCAUGAAAUAAAAGAUGUGCUGGUAUGGAGCAAUGAUCGAGUCAUACGCUGGAUACAAGCUAUUGGCCUCCGAGAAUAUGCAAAUAAUAUUCUAGAAAGUGGUGUACAUGGUUCACUUAUAGCACUGGAUGAAAACUUUGAUUACAGCAGUUUAGCUUUAUUAUUACAGAUUCCAACACAAAACACCCAGGCACGGCAGAUCCUUGAGAGAGAAUACAACAACCUUUUAGCACUAGGAACUGAAAGACGACUUGAGGAAAGUGACGACAAGAACUUCAGACGGGGCCCCUCCUGGCGGCGACAGUUUCCCCCGCGCGAGGUUCACGGGAUCAGCAUGAUGCCAGGCUCCUCAGAAACACUGCCAGCAGGGUUCAGAUUAACCACAACGUCAGGGCAGUCCCGGAAGAUGGCAACUGAUGUUGCUUCAUCACGACUGCAGAGGUUAGACAGCUCAACAGUUCGCACAUACUCAUGCUGACGAGGCCUAGCAAAGAAGCCAGCACUGAAUUGUUAUAUCAUCUCUUUCUUCUACUUUACCUGAAGUGCACUACCACUACGUAGGAAAAAGAGCAUUAAAACUCUCAGCGAGAA